GACACGAUGAAAUUCAGUAUAUGCCUCUCGAGAAAAGCCAAAGAUCAGGAGAAAAAACGAAACGGGACGCUGGCCAAGUCCAAAAAUCUCCGGAAGUUGUUACCUCUCCUCACUUCAGAUUUGGACAUCAAGGAGAAAUGGGAAAUAAUCCGCAUAGCUUUCCAGAAAAACGGCGUUGGGAAUCCUGACAUGGAAUGGCUUGAAACGCAGCUGGAGCAGGUGGGAGAGUACACAAUGGCUCAAGGGAUACGGUUUAUUGAGUGGAUCGCCGACCCCAAGAAAGACAUACCCAGCUGGUGCCAGAAGAUUGUGGAGAUGGACAUCCAGGGUCGACAGAUAGUCCAGCGAGAGAUAUAUGUGCAAGAGGAGAUGCAAGCCUUGCAGAAACAGCUGGAACUGACGCCAUCUAACCCGAAAGAGACCGCAGCCCGGCUGACAGCGGUGGAGGAGGAAGCCAGCAGCCUCAACGAGGCAUUCUGGGCCUAUCGCCGACAACUGUGGAAGCUGACUAGCAACAUGGGGCGCAGUCCUCCGAGUCAAGCCUUGACUACCACCAGACAAAACCCCGACUAGCAUCUGAUCGCCUGGUUACGGGAAGAUUGCGCCCAAAAGGGAGGCUGCUGUGAGCGAGUGUGGAUGCUGCGAGCAGCCUCGAAGUAGCCG